GCGGCCCGCGCGUGCGCACCGCGGCAGGAUUGAUUCUGCCCCUCCAUGACAUCCAGCGGGACUGAGCGACUGCUGCUGCUGCGCUAUCGUCAAAUACAUGCUCCUCCUAAUCCCGCAGCCCUCCUCGAGCUCCGGGACCGCUAGAUAAUAACGCGCUCGAGGCUGACGCACGCAGACAGCGGCGCAUCGGUGACGGUAAUUGAUUGGGGUUCGUCGAGGAUGAGGCUGAUCGAGACGCGCGCGGAUGGAGAGGAGAAGCGCGAGCUGCCGCCUCCGUUCAGAAACCCGUUCGUGCACGAGCUGCGGUUCACGGUGGCGCAGAAGCUGCAGAUCGGUUUGAUGACGGUGACGCUCUUCCCCAUCCGGCUCUUCAUAGCGGCGUUCAUGAUGCUGCUGGCCUGGCCGUUUGCCUUCAUCGCUUCGGUGGGCCGCUCCGAGACGGCGGUGGAGCCGCAGUGCUUCUGGAGAAAGCUGGUGGACGUGGUGCUCAGGACCAUCAUGCGGGUCAUGUGGUUCGCCGGAGGUUUCCACUGGAUCAGCAUUAAGGGCAGACAGGCUCUGCCCGCCGAAGCACCCAUCCUCACCCUCGGCCCGCACUCGUCCUACUUCGACGCCAUUCCUGUCACCAUGACCAUGGCUUCGAUCGUGAUGAAAGCGGAGAGUAAAGACAUCCCGGUGUGGGGCACUCUCAUCAAAUACAUCCGGCCCGUGUUCGUGUCGCGCUCGGAUCAGGACUCCAGGAGGAAGACGGUGGAGGAGAUCAAGAGAAGAGCUCAGUCAGGAGGAGAGUGGCCACAGAUAAUGAUCUUUCCAGAAGGGACGUGCACCAACAGAACCUGCCUGAUUACAUUCAAACCAGGAGCGUUCAUUCCUGCGGUUCCUGUUCAGCCCGUCGUGAUCCGCUACCCAAACAAACUGGACACCAUCACGUGGACGUGGCAGGGGCCCGGAGCGUUUAAGAUCCUGUGGUUGACUCUGUGUCAGCUUCACAAUGAGUUCGAGAUCGAGUAUCUGCCCAUAUACACGCCCUCGGAGGAGGAGAAGAAGAACCCAGCACUCUUCGCUCACAACGUGCGCCGCUUGAUGGCAAAGGCCCUGCAGGUCCCCGUCACAGACUACUCGUAUGAAGACUGUCAGCUCGCCAUGGCAGAGGGUCAGAUCCGGCUGCCCAUCGACACGUGUCUGCUGGAGUUCGCUAAACUGGUGCGCAGUCUGGGGCUGAAGCGUGUGAACUCAGAGAAGCUCCUGCAGGAUUAUGGGAAGCGUGCUCGUAAACUGCAGGGUCAGAGACUGAGUCUGGAAGAUUUCUCCCAGUUCCUGGAGCUGUCCGUGUCAGGCGAGCUCAGACACAUGUUUGCUCUCUUUGACGAGAAUGAAGACCACUCGAUGGACGUCCGGGAGUUUGUGAUCGCCUUCUCUGUGGUGUGUCGGCCUGCAAAAACACUGGACACCAUCAGGCUGGCCUUCCAGAUGUUUGAGGCCGAUGAGGACGGUGCGAUCACCGAGAAUGAGCUGAUGUGCAUCUUGAGGACGGCGCUGGGUGUCGGAGAGCUCAAAGUCAGCCGUCUGUUCAGAGCCAUCGAUGAAGAGGACUCGGGGAAAAUCACCUUCGAAAGCUUCAGGGAGUUUGUGGAUCAGCAUCCAGACUUCGGCGAGCAGUUCCUCUACUCAGACAACGCAGGGUUCAGCAGCAGUUCCCCGUCCCACGCCGCCAACGGCUUCUGCGCCGACUUCAGUCCCAGAGAGCAGAAGAAACUCGUCUGAGCGCCGCCGCCACGUUUACUUCCUGCUGUCCGUGACAUCUGAUCGGUUCCUUUAUGCUUGCUGGUUUUCUGUUCCCCUCAGCAUCACUAUUUCAAAAGCAAAUUGAAGGGAAUUAGUUAUUUGUGUUUUGUUUUUGGUCAGAGAUAUACUUGAAAGCCAAGCACUUAUUUCUUUUCUCUUGGGGGGAUUUAUCUGUGUGACUGAUACUGACCGACUGUGCAUGUUUUUGUAGUUUCCUGCGCUCCCUCCAUGUCUUUGGUUUCUGUCUUUCUGAAUUGAUAAGUGAGUAUGUGCAUGGGCUGGAUGCUUGAUGGCAGUAUUACUCAGUAUUUGAUCUGAUCGUUGAGCGCCAGUGACAGAUAUCUGAUCUCGGUCUCCUCCUGCGGGACGACUGAGCGUCAGAUCUGAGGUGCACACACGACUGGAUCCAGUGCUGGUCUCAAUCAGAAUCAGCCAGUUUUAUUAUAUUAUUAUAUCUCCGAUUCCUUCAUAUUUCGUCCCUUCGCUCAGGGGAAAGCGGUUAACGGUGUUUGUUUUGGGAGUGUGUGAGUGUUUCCUUUCUCUUAUUCUUUUAUACAUUCAGUUGCACAUUAUGAAUUAUGGAUGUCCAAUAAUCAUUUCAUGAUCUCAUCACAAUCAGCUGUUUCAUUUUGAUUUACUUCAGGUACUGAAAUAAACGGCUAAAAUCUUGCAUUAAUAAGGACCAAAUACAGAAUAACGACUGUGGUUUAGAUUAAUUUGAUCAAUGUUAUCCAUCAUAGCCAAAAACAGAGCGUUUACCUUUUGAUAAACAUAUUCCUGUAUUUUUCUAUUUUUCACUCAUAGAGGCAAGUGAAAAAUUGACUUCAGGUCCAAUCAUUUGGCCAAUACAAGUGGCUUAUUCUAAUAUUAUAGUGAAUUUUUAUCUGCAUUUCAUGUCAAGUAAAGUCUUCCUUCCUCCGUUUGAGCUCCGGUUUCUUCACACGAACAAUCAGAGUCUGAAUCCUCAUGAAUGAUGUUUUGGAGAAAACGGAAAAUUACCUUAGUGAAUAAAUCUACUGCCUGAUGGGAAUGAAAAAAAUUCAAUAUCAAAUCACUUUAUUAUUAUUUUAUUUUUAUUUUUGAACCACACAAUAAGGCCCAAGUUAAGCAAUGUGCCGUUAUUUUCUUAAAGUUUGGUCUUAAAUGUGAUUUACCACUUAGAUUUUAUCUGUUGUCGGAUAAUUUAGCUAAAAGAUAGCAUUCUUCUAUUAUUAAGAUGUGUUUAUGGUCGCUGAGCUAAUGUGAAGAUGCAGGUUUGAUCAGUUUAGUCUCCACAACAUUUCACCAACACCUCAGACGUCUGCGUUUCUUCCAAUCGGAGAUGUUCGAGUCACACUUUACUUCUCCAGUGAAAUCUGACUUCACUGUCGGCUCUCAAUUCAACUCACAUUUUUGGAAAAGCAAUAUUUAAUCGAUGUCACCACCUUUUUGAAAAUGAUUUCUGAUAUGUAUUUUGAAUAUUCCGAGUGCUGGGCAUUUUGUGAAUUUUGAUAUACAUAAAGAAAUGUCCUCUCACUGCCAUGACAGAUUUGUGAUCUAAAGUCUUAUUUUCAGAUUGACCUGGUGAACUAGUACGACUAGCUUCUGUCUUUCUACACAUACUGUGAUGUUUUCCCUGCUGAUGGCGCUAUGUAUGUACUUUUUUUUUUUUAAUUUUUUUUCAGAAACUACAGAUUUCACAAAGAUUAUUGUUGGCCUUGAAUUUGAGUGUAAUUGUACUGAUGAAAAGAGAAUGUAUUGACAAUCCAUCACAAUCAGCAGUCGUGAGUGGCGCUGGAUCUGGAGCCUGAUGUACAGAGUCUCUGUGCUCAUGAUGGCUCCUCUCACUCCAUGCUUCUCUCCCUUUUUCUAAAUCUGAUCUCUUAUUUUCUCGUGCUGGUACUUUCGAUUUUUAAGCUUUCUUUUCAUGAAUCCUCUGACAAAUGUGACAGUUUGCUGGUGUUUAUGUGAACGGUUACAUGUUACAGUGAUCACUUUCUGUGUUACAGUAAUUGGUUACUCUUUACAUGUUACAGUAAUCAGUUAGUGUUGCAGUGAUGGUUUACUCUGUUACAGUUAACUGUUACUGUGUUACAGUUUGUGUUUGAUUGAACUCUAACUGUUACAGUGAUCAGUUAGCGUGUUACAGGGGCUUUGUUUUGAUAUGUAUCCACACAGAUGAUACUGUAUUGUGCAGACGGGGAUUGUGGGUUUGCUCUGGAUCUAAUGGGGUUGCAGUUCUUGGAUAUAUAAAGUGAGUCUCAUAUUUGUGUAACAAACACAUUUGCCCCAAGUCAUAUUCUCAUAAUAAAGCAAAGUCUAAUUUUUGUGAAGAAGAUAAAAUGUAAUGCUAUUUUCAGUUAAACAAUUGUUUAAUUGCUGUUUUAAAUUAGACUAAUGAGGAUAACAAAACAAACAGCCAAAGUGUAUUAAAUUGACAUGAAAAUGACGAAGUAUCCCAGUUGUUUAAUUUGCCGAAUAUUACUGAGUGAAAUCAUAAGUAAUAAUCAGAAAUGUGUGAUCUGAGCAAACCUUGGUCUCCUUUCUCACAAUCAGAAGCGUGAAGAGUUUCGUUUUUCAUUGUAAUCUAAUGAAAUGAGGAGCCAGCAUCUCUCUGGUGUGGAACUUGAUUGUGUUCAGCGUAGAGUUUCUUUGAAAUCCCUCACAGAAGACCUGCUCUCCUCUGUGUUCGUAAAGGUCCUGUGUUUAUUUCUCUGGUGUCUGUGGCGCAUGUCUAACACUGAGCUGAAGAAGAAAGGCUGAAGUCCUCCAGGUCACGUGUCUUUCUGAUGGCUCUUCUGACACUCUUCUGGCUCAAGUAGAUCUUUUCUAUUUUGCCCUGACAUUUAUUUUGUAAUGUAUCAAAAGAGUCAUAUUUACAAGGUUCCUGGGUUUGUCUGUUUUGACUGCUAUGAAAUGACUUGUUAUUCUGACUCUUUAAUAAAAAAGGGAGCACAUUC